AUGAGUAAUCAGAGGAAGAGAAAUUUCCAGAUUGAAGCGUUUAAGCAAUGAGUCGUGGUUGAUCCAAAAUACGCCGACAAGACUUGGAAGAUCAUCGAACAUGCGAUUCAUGAGAUUUACAAUCACAACGCAAGUGGACUCAGUUUCGAAGAGCUUUACAUCUACCAUAGAUUUGACUUUGAUUUAGCUACUGGUAGUAGUUUUGGUAUAAGCCCUUGUUGUUUGUGUUGUUCUGAAGCUGUGUUUAAACUUUUAUGUAUAUUGGUUUCUUUCAGGAACGCGUACAACAUGGUUCUACAUAAAUUUGGUGAGAAGCUUUAUACUGGACUUGUUACCACUAUGACGUUUCAUCUCAAAGAGAUAUGUAAGUCUAUUGAAGAAGCUCAAGGAGGGGCGUUUCUAUAACUGCUUAAUAGGAAAUGGGAUGAUCACAACAAAGCGUUGCAAAUGAUUAGGGAUAUUCUGAUGUAUAUGGAUCGGACUUACGUUUCAACUCGUGUUCAUGAGCUUGGACUUCAUUUGUGGAGGGAUAAUGUUGUGCAUUCGAGCAAGAUUCAGACGCGGCUUUUGAAUACGCUUCUUGAUUUAGUUCAUAAGGAACGGACUGGUGAAGUUAUUGAUAGGGUGUUGAUGAGGAAUGUGAUUAAGAUGUUCAUGGACUUGGGUGAAUCUGUGUAUCAGGAGGAUUUUGAGAAGCCGUUUUUGGGGGCUUCUGCUGAUUUUUACAAGGUUGAGUCACAGGGAUUCAUUGAGUCUUGUGAUUGUGGUGAUUACUUGAAGAAAGCGGAGAAACCUCUCACUGAAGAAGUGGAAAGGGUAGCUCACUAUUUGGAUGCCAAGAGCGAAGCGAAGAUUACUAGUGUGGUUGAAAGAGAGAUGAUUGCCAACCAUGUCCAGAGACUAGUUCACAUGGAGAAUUCAGGUUUGGUUAAUAUGCUUCUGAAUGACAAGUAUGAGGAUAUGGGUAGAAUGUACAGCUUGUUCCGCAGGGUUAGUAAUGGUCUUGUUACAGUCAGAGAUGUUAUGACUUUGCAUCUUAGGGAGAUGGGAAAACAGCUGGUUACCGAUCCAGAGAAAUCAAAGGAUCCUGUUGAAUUUGUGCAGCGUCUACUGGAUGAAAGGGAUAAAUAUGACAAAAUUAUCAACAUGGCAUUCAGCAAUGAUAAGACAUUCUAGAAUGCUUUGAAUUCUUCGUUUGAGUAUUUCCUCAACUUGAACACCCGUUCUCUUGAGUUUAUCUCCCUGUUUGUUGAUGAUAACCUACGAAAAGGACUAAAAGGUGUGGGAGAAGAGGAUGUGGAUCUUAUUCUUGAUAAGGUGAUGAUGUUGUUCCGCUACUUACAGGAGAAAGACGUUUUUGAGAAAUACUACAAACAGCAUCUGGCGAAAAGGCUUCUAUCUGGAAAAACAGUUUCGGAUGAUGCAGAGAGGAAUCUUAUAGUGAAACUGAAGACAGAAUGUGGAUAUCAGUUCACUUCGAAAUUGGAAGGUAUGUUUACUGACAUGAAGACUUCACAUGACACGCUGCUAGGAUUUUAUUAUAGUCAUCCCGAACUUUCAGAAGGGCCUACACUUGUCGUUCAGGUUCUCACAACUGGUUCUUGGCCCACACAGCCAACCGUACAUUGUAACCUACCUGCAGAAGUUUAUGUUCUGUGUGAGAAGUUCAGGUCAUAUUACCUCGGGACUCACACUGGGAGGAGGUUAUCUUGGCAAACCAAUAUGGGCACAGCAGAUAUCAAAGCAGUGUUUGGAAAGAGCCAAAGGCACAAACUAAAUGUUUCUACUUUCCAAAUGUGUGUCCUUAUGCUGUUCAACAACUCCGAUCGACUAAGCUACAAAGAGAUCGAACAUGCAACUGAAAUCCCUGCGUCAGAUCUAAAGCGUUGCUUGCAGUCAAUGGCAUGUGUAAAGGGUAAAAACGUGCUAAGAAAAGAACCAAUGAGCAAGGACAUAGCAGAAGAGGACUCGUUUGUUGUGAACGACAGGUUCACAAGCAAAUUCUACAAAGUGAAGAUAGGAACAGUGGUGGCACAAAAGGAGACAGAACCAGAGAAGCAAGAGACGAGACAGAGAGUAGAAGAAGACAGGAAACCUCAGAUUGAAGCAGCCAUUGUGAGGAUUAUGAAGGCGAGACGACUGUUGGAUCACAACAACAUAAUCGCAGAGGUCACCAAACAGUUGCAGUCGCGGUUCUUGGCAAACCCGACAGAGAUAAAGAAGAGAAUCGAGUCACUCAUUGAACGCGAUUUCUUGGAGAGGGAUAGUACAGACCGGAAACUUUACCGCUAUUUAGCCUAAAACGUUUGGAGAACACUGUCUCUCUGUUUGUUUUGCUUCGUUGUUUCCCUUAUUUUGUUAGUCAGCUUUUCUUAUUGGUAAAUUAUAAAUUUCUGUUCAAAAGAAAAUAUUUAAUUGUUUUUGUUUUUGAUCUUACAAAUUAGCGUUCAGCUUCUCUUCUAUUUAGGCGCAUGUUCGACUUCGA